CAAAUCCCAAAACGAGUGUGGGACCCACUUUCCAACAUUCUAACAUCACAACAUUACAGACACAGCUACGACCAAAUCGAAAACUCUACCAACAGUAACAUAACUUGUCUUGUAGUUUCCUUCAUUUUCCUUAUUUUCCUCUGUCUGAAACAAAUCACAACACGAACAAGACAAACAAGAAGAUGGGAAUAGCAAUGGUUGGAACUGAUUUGCUGAGUGAAAAAGCAGCCAUCAUGAGAGAGUCUCUUCAAAAGAGCCAGACCAUUACAGACAACGUUGUCACCAUUCUCGGUUCCUUUGACCACCGUUUAUCCACCCUUGAAGCUGCCAUGCGUCCAACUCAGAUUAGGACACAUUCUAUUAGGCAAGCUCAUGAGAAUAUUGACAAGACUUUGAAGGCUGCUGAGAUUAUAUUGUCCCACUUUGAUCAGUAUCGUCAGGCAGAGAACAAAAUACUCAAAGGGCCACACGAAGACCUAGAAAACUAUCUUGAAGCAAUUGCCAAGUUGAGAAGCAACAUUCAGUUUUUUGGCACUAAAAACAGUUUUAGGAAUAGUGAUGGUGUUGUCAGCCAUGCCAGUAGUUUGCUAACAAAAGCUAUUUCUAAGCUACAGGACGAGUUUAAUCAGCUAUUAUCAUCUUACAGCAAACCUGUGGAACCCGAGCGCCUCUUUGAUUGUCUUCCAAACUCAAUGCGACCUUCGUCAGGAUCGCCUGGUCAUGAGGGUGAACAUAAUGGCAAGUCCAAUCACCAUGCUGAUUCUCACAACAAUAAUGCUGAUGCUGUUGUAUACACACCUCCCGUCCUUAUACCACCAAGAAUUUUGCCACUACUACAUGAUUUAGCUCAGCAAAUGAUUGAAGCCGGUCACCGAUCACAGUUACUCAAAAUAUACAGGGAAGCCCGUUCUAAUGUAUUGGAAGAAAGCCUCCAAAAACUUGGAGUUGAGAAACUCAACAAAGAUGAUGUUCAAAAGCUACAGUGGGAGAUUUUAGAAGCUAAAAUCGGAAACUGGAUUCAUUUCAUGCGAAUAGCUGUGAAACUGUUGUUUGCUGGGGAGAGGAAAGUUUGUGAUCAGAUAUUUGAAGGCUUUGAUUCACUCGCCGAACAAUGUUUUGCCGAGGUGACUACAAACAGCGUCUCUAUGCUACUUAGCUUUGGAGACGCAAUAGCCAAAAGCAAGAGAUCCCCAGAAAAAUUAUUUGUACUUUUGGACAUGUAUGAAAUAAUGCAAGAGCUGCAUUCAGAGAUUGAUACUCUAUUUAAAGGCAAAGCUUGCUCCGAAAUUAGAGACGCUGCAACGGCUUUGACAAAACGGCUUGCACAAACAGCGCAGGAGACCUUUGGAGACUUUGAAGAAGCGGUUGAAAAAGAUGCUACAAAGACUGCAGUAACAGACGGAACUGUUCAUCCUUUGACUAGCUACGUUAUUAACUAUGUGAAGUUUUUGUUUGACUACCGAUCCACGUUGAAGCAACUUUUCCAAGAGUUUGAAGGUGGAAAUGAUUCUUCCCAGCUAGCAACUGUAACAAUGCGAAUAAUGCAAGCUUUGCAAAUCAAUCUAGAUGGUAAAUCAAAGCAGUAUAAAGACCCGGCAUUGACACAUCUUUUUCUCAUGAACAAUAUUCAUUAUAUUGUCAGAUCAGUUAGAAGGUCGGAAGCCAAGGAUUUGCUUGGAGAUGAUUGGGUACAAAGACAUAGGAGGAUUGUGCAGCAACAUGCAAAUCAAUACAAAAGAAAUGCUUGGGCAAAGGUCUUUUCUAACGACUUUACAAGAAUAACCGUUGUAAUUCGCCAUAGGAGGAUCGUAUUCGUACCAUUGCUGAAUUUUGAUUCUUUUGUUUGGCAGAUUCUCCAAUGCAUGUCUAUCCAGGGACUUGCCUCAUCAGGUGGUGGUAGUAAUACUGCAGGCGGUGAUGGUGGAACUGGAGGUAGUAGCGGUGCUUCAAGAGCACUUGUUAAAGACAGGUUUAAGACAUUCAAUAUUAUGUUUGAGGAACUUCAUCAGAAACAAUCACAAUGGACAGUUCCAGACAGCGAGCUGCGAGAGUCUCUCAGGCUUGCAGUUGCGGAAGUCUUGUUACCUGCGUAUCGAUCAUUCGUGAAACGUUUUGGGCCUCUAGUCGAGAGUGGAAAGACACCUCAGAAGUACAUAAAAUACACUGCAGAAGAUCUAGAUCGAAUGUUAGGCGAGUUUUUUGAAGGAAAAAACAUGAGUGAAACUAAGAGGUGAUUUUGAACUGCUAAUGAGGUAGCAGGUUGCAUUUGGUGGUUGAAUAUCUCUUGCAUAUUUUUUUAUGGAAAUUAUUAGGAAAUGAAAAUGAGUUGUGUAUUAUUGUAUCUCUUGGACACUGAUUUAAUAAGAGGGGUGAAUGUUUUUGCUUCUUUAGUUUAUCUGUAUAGUAGUUUGUUUGAUUUUCUGCGAAAGUUGAGUCUCCAAAGCAUUUGAUUGUAAUUAUUGUAUUAAAUUUUAUUAGUCUUGAGGAUCAACGCAAAUGUUACAAAGGACUUUUUAUUUUGAUGAUAAUAACAAGGGAUUUCAAACC